CAAGAUAGUGCACAGAGUUCCCGUAAACCAGUUUCCUCAUAUUUGUAUCUUUCAUUAGUAUGGCACAUUUGUUAACAAUUAAUACACCAACAUUGGUACAUUAUAUUAUUGAUAUUAUUGGUAUAUUAUUUAAAUUUCCUCCAUUUUCUCCCAAUGUCCUUUUUCUGUUCCAGGAUCCCAUUGAGCACACCACUUAUAUUUAACCAUCAUGUCUCCUUAGAUGACUCUUGGCUGGGGCAGUUCCUCACACUCUCUUUGGUUUUGGUGACCUUGCCAACCUCCGUAACAAACAGAGAGGUUCUCUAAAAGAAAAUGAUACUUGGGAACAGGGCGUUGCAAUGGGACCAUGUGGGCCAUGUUAAGCUAUGUGUGUAUUCAGGGAGGUAAAGGAAGACAAAGGUUUUUAAAGAAAAAAUGAGGAGGACUACAUGUUGUUUUUGAUCAUUAGCCUCAGCAACAAGUAUCGACCAGGGUGAUACCUGUCUGAGGGUGGACAGGCUAUUGCUGGGCAGAUGUCCUGGCAGGAGUCUUCUUUUGGGAAGGCUGACAUGGCCUCUGUGGACGGUGUUGGUCUUUCAUGAGCAUUUGUGACAUCAGGCAUUUACGAAGAAUCCUCUUCAUGGCUUUCCCCAGCUCUGUUUGUCAUUUUUUCCCCUCUCUCUCUUUUAACACAAAUGACUCCACCAUUUUGAUUCUGACAACAUUCACAACUUUGGCCGAGUUUAGGUUGGCUCCCUAUUUCGUACAAUGGCCCCUCUGCUGGGAUUUGUCUGAUGUUUUUCUCACGGUUAGACUGGGUUAUUGGUUUAGGGAGUUUGGUAUAAAAAAUCCAUUUGGUCUUUGUCCCCAGUUCCUGACAUAGCACUCCUAAACCUCUUGGAAUUUCCUAGGCGAUAGGAGUGUUUUUGUUAUUCAUGAGUUCCUUAAUCAAAUCACAGUUUAUGCUAAUGAAUGGCUAUUUGUGGGCUCUAGGAUGGAUUCAGGGUGGGGCUGGUGCAACACACCAUGUGAUCAGAGGGUUGUAGCUUUCAGUCCCAACAUAUCCCCACUCCCCUUGCGGGAAGGGAAAGGGGCUGGAGGUUGAAUUCAAUCACCAAUGGCCAAUGACAUAAUGAAACCUGGACACAAAUCCCUUAAACAGGGUGCAGAGAGCUUCCAGGCAGGUGGGCACACAGAGGUGCUGUGAGGGCUGCACUCCCGCCCUUCAACCCCUGUGCCGCGCGUCUCUUCCACCUGGCUGUUCCCGAGUUGUGUCCUUUACAAUAAUCUUCUAACAGUAAAGUGUCUCCCUGAGUUCUGUGUCGUCCCAGGGAAUUGAUGAACCUCAGGGGAGCUGUGGCAAUCCCUCAGUUUCUAGUGGGCAGGGUAGAAAUGUGGACAUUCUGGGCACCCCGCUUGUGGCUGGUGAAGGGAGGGCAGUCUCUCUGGGCUAAUCCCUUAACGAGUAGGUUCGCACUAAUUCAGCUGGUGUCAGAGCACUGGGGAAUAGAUCGUCGAUGCUGGAAAGGGCAACGCGGUGCAUGGUGCCGGUCAGGGAGGAAGGCGUGGAGGAAGGUGGAGGCCUCCCUUCCGCAGAGCAGGGUGAGGUUCGGCCCUGUAAGGCCGCAGGACUGGGCGAGGCUGCAGCAAGCGCGGCAAGAAGGCGGCAGAGGCGCGCCUCCUAGGCAGCUUGGGCGAGAAAGGACGGGUGGCCGAGAGGCAGAAGCUGGCUAGCGGCGAAAAGGACCGCAUCCCCGAGCGCGCGGCACAGCGGCCAGGGCAAGAGGAGGCCGGGCGGCUCCGCGGCCCUGCGCUGAAAGCCCGGCUGCACCACCAGGCGGGCCACGAGGGGGCGCACUGCGGCGCGGCAGGGAUUCGCGGGCGACCACCCGGCGCAGGAGAGGCCGCAUCUCGGCCUCAGAAUCCAUUGAAGACUUGAACAAGUGGGCUCUAUUUCUUGUGUCUCCUUUUAUACUUGAAGCAGAACACAUAGCAUUUGUGACGGAGAGCAUUUGGGUACAAAGUGAGAAUUUACAGAGAUCAUCCUCUUCUUCAGAAACUCUUACAUCAGUGGAAUGGAGGGAUGAGGUGGGAGGUAACUGUGGAUGUAAAUGCAGCACACCUUAGCGGGCCUCGGCAGUGUAUCGGACAUCUACAGAACACAAUAAUAACACUCUUCUGUGUGGCAGCAAGGAUUGUCAAGUGGUCAGACUGUUGUUUGCCAUUAGCUUGCAGACCUGGGGAUCCUUAUCGGCUAAUUGCUGAAGCAAGUGUGGACAACUUCAGCAAGCUGGGGGUGGCGUUCAUGGAAGAUAGACUCCACAUGGAUAAUGGACUGGUACCCCAAAAGAUUAUGUCGGUGCGCUUGCAGGACUCCACUCUGAAGGAAGUUAAGGAUCAAGCCUCAAACAAGCAAGCCCAGAUCCUAGAGCCGAAGCCCGAACCUUCUCUUGAGAUUAAGCCUGAGCGGGACGGUAUGGAGCACGUUGGCAGAGAUGACCCAAAGGCUCUUGGUGAAGAACCCAAACAAAGGAGAGGCAGUGCCUCUGGGAGUGAGCCUGCUGGGGACAGUGACAGGGGAGGGGGCCCCAUUGAGCAUUAUCACCUCCAUCUGUCUAGUUGCCACGAGUGUCUGGAACUUGAGAACAGCACCAUUGAGUCAGUCAAGUUUGCAUCUGCCGAGAACAUUCCAGACCUUCCCUACGAUUAUAGCAGCAGUUUGGAGAGUGUUGCUGAUGAGACCUCCCCUGAAAGAGAAGGGAGAAGAGUCAACCUCACGGGAAAGGCACCUAACAUCCUCCUCUAUGUGGGCUCCGACUCCCAGGAAGCCCUCGGCCGGUUCCACGAGGUCCGGUCCGUGCUGGCUGACUGUGUGGACAUUGACAGUUACGUUCUCUACCACUUGCUGGAGGACAGUGCUCUCAGAGACCCGUGGACGGACAACUGUCUGCUGUUGGUCAUUGCUACCAGGGAGUCCAUUCCCGAAGACCUGUACCAGAAGUUCAUGGCCUAUCUUUCUCAGGGAGGGAAGGUGUUGGGCCUGUCUUCGUCCUUCACCUUUGGUGGCUUUCAGGUGACAAGCAAGGGUGCACUGCGGAAGACAGUCCAGAACCUGGUUUUCUCCAAGGCUGACCAGAGCGAGGUGAAGCUCAGCGUCUUGAGCAGUGGCUGCAGGUACCAGGAAGGCCCCAUCCAGCUCAGCCCUGGUGGGCUCCAGGGCCACCUGGAGAAUGAUGACAAGGACAGGAUGAUUGUGCAUGUGCCUUUUGGAACUCACGGGGGAGAAGCUGUUCUUUGCCAGGUGCACUUGGAACUACCUCCGAGCUCCGACAUAGUGCAAACUCCAGAAGAUUUUAACUUGCUUAAGUCAAGCAAUUUUAGAAGAUAUGAAGUCCUUAGAGAGAUUCUGACAACCCUUGGCCUCAGCUGUGACAUGAAACAAGUUCCUGCCUUAACUCCUCUUUACUUGCUCUCGGCUGCGGAGGAAAUCCGGGAUCCUCUUAUGCAGUGGCUUGGGAAACACGUGGACGCCGAGGGAGAAAUAAAAUCCAGCCAGCUCUCUCUUAGAUUUGUUUCAUCCUACGUGUCUGAAGUAGAAAUAACCCCAUCUUGUAUACCUGUGGUGACCAACAUGGAGGCCUUCUCAUCAGAAAAUUUCAACUUGGAGAUCUAUCGCCAAAAUCUGCAGACCAAGCAGUUGGGGAAAGUAAUUUUGUUUGCCGAAGUGACCCCCACAACGAUGCGUCUCCUGGAUGGGUUGAUGUUUCAGACACCGCAGGAAAUGGGCUUAAUAGCGAUCGCAGCCCGGCAGACCCAGGGCAAAGGUAGCCUGUUUCCCACUGCGCACUGUGUUCCAGGACGGGGAGGGAAUGUGUGGCUGAGCCCCGUGGGAUGUGCUCUUUCUACUCUGCUCAUCUCCAUCCCACUGAGAUCCCAGCUGGGACAGAGGAUCCCGUUUGUCCAGCAUCUGAUGUCCGUGGCUGUCGUGGAAGCGGUGAGGUCCAUUCCCAAGUAUCAGGAUAUCAACUUACGAGUGAAGUGGCCCAACGAUAUUUAUUACAGCGACCUCAUGAAGAUCGGCGGAGUUCUGGUUAACUCAACGCUCAUGGGAGAAACAUUUCAUAUACUUAUUGGCUGUGGAUUUAAUGUGACUAACAGUAACCCUACCAUCUGCAUCAACGACCUCGUCACAGAAUACAAUAAGCAACACAAGGCCGAACUGAAGCCCUUAAGAGCCGAUUAUCUCAUCGCCAGAGUCGUGACUGUGCUGGAGAAACUGAUCGAAGAGUUUCAGGACAAAGGGCCCAACAGCGUCCUUCCCCUUUAUUACCGAUACUGGGUCCACAGUGGUCAGCAAGUCCAUCUGGGCAGUGCGGACGGACCAAAGGUGUCCAUCGUUGGCCUGGACGAUUCUGGCUUCCUCCAGGUUCACCAGGAGGGUGGCGAGGUUGUGACUGUACACCCCGAUGGCAACUCCUUCGACAUGCUGAGAAACCUCAUCCUCCCCAAACGGCGGUAAUGCCGGGCGUCCCUGAGACGGGCCUGGGCCUGCCCUCCUGACUCACCGGGCCUGGCACCUGGGCAGCAGGCGAGGAUGCCACUGGGAUGGGGUCCGAGCCCAGUGCAGAACCACCACCGUGAGCAUUCAGCUUUCAUCGCGGCCGCCUGUCCGUGCCCACGCAUCUGGAAAUCUAAUUUAGAGUUGUAGGUGAAUUUUCUCUUCCUCCAAUUCAUUUGUGAAGUCUUUGGUUCUUUUUCUAUGUUUCUGUUUUUUCUUUUAGGUUUGUUUUGUUGUCGUUUUCUUUGGUGUUUGAAGAGGCUCUGGGAUAGAUGGUUAAGAAGUAGAACAUUUAGUUUAGGGAAAGCCCUCCCACAGGUGGGAGAUCGGUCUCCCCUCUGGGGCUUGGACUUCUGUUUAUUGUCAGGGGGAGUUUUUACAUGGAAAUGGCAAUGGGAGAAUUCAGAUAUUUUCCCAGUAGUGGAGACCUUUACCCCUAGUCUAUGAAAAAACAAACCAAAAUAUGCUCUUGGGCCCAGGACAGUGGUGAGUUAGAGGUGUGCUGUCACUGUCUGUAAGCAUCUGGGGAGGUGUGGAACUAUAAGAACAUGAUGUGACACUUAGUCAUUGUUCUGUGUCUUUAUUAGUGAAGGAAAGGGAAGGUAGACUUCCAAGAGUUACUCUCCCCCGGGUGGUGUGGCCCCAUAGCGAAGUCUAAACACCUGUAGAGACACAGCUAACCCGUGUGGUUGCGAUGACCUUGUAGAGGAAAUCGGUUAAUUACUUUCACAUCAUUCAAUGAGCUCUCCUUUCCUAAGGCAGUUUAAAUGUCCUGAGUUAGGGACUUGCUUUCUUAAGUAAGUUUCAAUUUACUGCAUAUUGUGAAGAGAUGGGAUCAAGUUCAGAAUCCUUAAAUAUCUGAUUAGGCAUCACUUGGAUGAGGAGGUGGGCGAUUUGGCUCUAACAGCUGGAGAUGAAGGCACACUCAUACCACAUACAAGGGAGGACUUGGAGCUUUUAACCCAGUUUCAGAUUCACUCUGAGAUGUGGAGCAUUCCUGCAAGACUGUGCAGCUCACAGGAUACAGAAGACAUGGCAUUUCACUCAGAAGUCACAGGGUUUUUUGCCCCCCUCAUUUACCCCAUAUUACCAAGAAAGAAAAUGUUAUGGAUACUGAACACCGUCAGUUCAGAGGGAGGAUGUGUGCGUGCGUGCCCGCAUAUGUGUGUGCGUCCGUGUGUACGCACAUAGCUUUAAAAGAAGACAUUCAAAAUCUGAUGUGCUACAAGUCUCAUGAAAGAACAAAAGAAAGGAAGGCUUUUGAUAUGCACUCACUUUUCCCAGAUGUACACCAUGCCUUUUCCAUGUCCCUCCUAUCUCUGUUGAACUUAUGAAUCAUACCCGUUACUUUUCAGCUUUAAAAGGCCAAUUUUUGUCCAGUCUUCUGUCUUCCUGCCAGUCCCAGCUGAAAUUAGUGGAAAGAAAGUUUGAUGGCACUUUCAGCUUUGAACAAAAUCCCUUCAUUGUAAACUAGCACCAUCUUUAUCCAGGUCUUACCCAGUCAGGCUAAUUCCAGAAACUUGUGGUUUUUAGUAUAAAAUUUGUCUACCUUUAGCUAAGCACAGGACCGCCCCAUAGGAAGAAAAAAUACCCAAUAUAUAUUUUUUGGAAAUGAAACAUUAAAAGAACUUAAAAAGUAAUUUUUGGAAAUGAGGCUUCAAUUAGAAUUAUUAUUCUCAAAAAAAUAAAAACGAACAAACAAACCACAAAGAAACCACUCUUCUGCAAUGCCCAAGCCUUCUUUUGAAAUUAGAAGCUUAAAUAAAAUAUAAGUCCACACCACCCCCAAAUUACAAAAUGGACUCACCCUUGAGAGGGCGUCUGCAAAAUAUCAUCAGGGACAAAGAUCUCGAGGCUAACAAUGCAGGUUUCAUUUCUCAGACUUUGUAAUAUAAGGCAAGCCCUCUCAGAGCUGCCAUCAUCACUUUUUGAAUUUCUUUGGGGGUUAUUUAAUGAAAAACAUGCUAUGUUUUGUUUUAAGCUGAAGUCCUAUUCUGGACAUUCUGCUUUGGGAAAAAAAAUGUUAUCAUUUAAUUUCCUUUCUGCAAAUUAAAACUAAUGACGUGUGGCCUUGUCAAAGGAUAUGGAGAUGUUCCGGGCAUACUGCUGUGCUCUGUGCUUUCCAACAGGCGCUUCUCCGCCGCGCAGGAGACCCAGUUGUCUUGAGGGAGAUGAAGCAGCCUUGAAGCAGAUGCUGCGUUUCCCAUAAAUCUGAUUUUGCCUCACGUGAACCAAAGACUCUCAAAACUCUGCUUCCUAUAGAAUUAGCUGAAUAAAGGCAUUUUACUGAUAGCUGUUAGUGUUAGCGAAACCUGUCUACCUGCUCUACCACACUCUCCAAUUUGGGCCACUUAUGCACCCGGCAACCUGGGAUGUGAAGGAGCUUUAAAGUCUUAGUGGGAACUUGGCAUUUUCCUCAUGAUCUUUAAAAUGUGGUCACUAAACUCAGGAUUGGCCUGUGCUUUUAGAACACUGGAAUAGCCCUUGCUUUAGAGGCUGUGCCUUGAGUAUUGACCGUAUUUUGUAAAAGGCAAGAUAGCCUCCCUUCCAGGCUGGUAACAGGUUUCAGGGGGACUCUUGGGGAAGUGCCCCCUAAAAUCGAACACAGCAAUAACUGGGCUUCCUGUCCCCACCCCCACCCCAGCAGUGCUUUUUGGCACUGGGAACUCUGCCAGGGAGUGGUGGAAGAAGGAAGGAUUUGUGUUCCAAGUAAAAUCAUGGUGGAGUUCCACUGCAGCAGGCUGACGUGGCCUGAUGUGAGAGCAAGCGGCCCACUGGGUUGCCGGUGCACAGGCCCACAUCGGGGGAGCACGGGCCACAGAGCACAGCCUCUGGGGGUCCCCCAAGCCACAGCAUAUGCAGCAUGGCCGCCCCUUGCCCUGGAGUCUGGGAACAAAGAGAGGAGCCAGCCUCGCCACACUGCUUCAGAUGGAGAAGGGAGGCGGGGUGGGCGUCCGUUCUCCAGAUCUGUUUGCUCUUAACAGGCAGAACAUGGGAGAAUCCUUAUUGCUGGUUAAUCACUAUGCAUAUUUGAAAUAAAAGAAAGUGUCAGCCUCUGCAUUUUAACUUCUCAAGGAAUGCCUCUGAAAAGAAUCACUUUAAACCAAUGCCUAUAAAAAGCAAGUCUACCAAAAUAAACUAAGACUUUCUAUGUGGUUUGGGCUCAACCUUAUUUUUACAAGUUUCAUUUUUAAAAGUAGGCAACUACUUUGGGUUACAGUAUUUUUAUUCAUAUUUAAACAUAUUUUUACAAAAUAAAUAAAGUGUUUUAC